AUGUAUAACAGAACUAGUGCAACUUUAAUGCUGCAGACCAUAAUGGUGCUGAUGGAGAAGCAAAAUUCAACGGAUGUCACACACUUGCCCACGAAUUUUUACGAGGAUGCGGAGAUCGAGCGGUGCUAUGGCACAUAUGGAUGCUUCUCGAAAGCCUACCCGUGGACAGAGAACCGACCGGAUAACUACUUUCCCGUGUCACCAGAAGUCUUGGGAGUGCGGUAUCCAGCGUUUACGAGACGGAAUAGAAGGAUACCACUGAUGUUACAAGCGCAUGAUACCGAGAAGAUUCGAAACGCAAACAUCGACCCCAGAGGGCCGUUUUAUCUCAUCUCUCAUGGUUUUCUGGAAGGCGGUCACAAGUUAUGGAUACAAAACAUGGCCGAUGCACUUUUAAAUUUAGAAGGCAACGAGGCGGCAACAGUUUUGGUAGUGGAUUGGAGGAAGGGAGCCCAGCCUCCGUACGGUCAGGCCGUGGCGAACAUAAGGCUAGUCGGUGCCAUGACUGCGCACCUUGUCCACAAUUUAUACGUCAUGUUGGGUUUACCCAAUUUGGAUAAUUUCCAUUUCAUUGGUCAUUCUUUGGGUGCACAUUUGGCGGGAUACUGCGGCCACGGUUUGCAGAAGAAGUUCAAUCUCAAGUUGGGAAGGAUAACGGGCCUAGAUCCAGCCGCCCCUUACUUCAGUAAUACGGUCACAUUGGUACGACUGGACAGAUCUGACGCCAAAUACGUCGACAUCAUUCACAGCAAUGCGAUGCCCCUCUAUUUCUCAGGUUUCGGGAUAUCGGAGGCGAUCGGCCACGUGGACUUCUUCCCGAACGGCGGCUCCACGCAGCCGGGCUGCAAGAGCGACGGCGCCCGGGGCCACGCGGGGACCGGGGACAUGUACACCCAAGUGCUGAGGUUCGUCAGCUGCAACCACGAGAGGAGCUACGUCCUCUUCACGGAGAGCGUCGCGCCCACGUGCCCCUUCAUGGCGGUGCAGUGCAAAUCCUACGAGGCGUUUCUGGCCGGCAACUGUACGGCGUGUGACAGCAAGCAUUAUUGUAUUCCCAUGGGAUAUCAUUCGUACGAGAUAUACAAGAGGUAUCAUGCGAGCGGUCUGAUCGAUUCAAACUCACACGUCUCGCUGUACUCCAUGACAGGGGGGUCCAAGCCAUUCUGCAAGGUGCACUACAAAAUAACUUUGAAGGUGUCUAACUCCUCUGAGAGCAUACUGCACGGUCCCGACGUUGGCAGGGUGUCCAUAAUUCUAGUGGACAAAAAUAACAGCAAGAGCGACCACAAAUUCAUAGAUGACGAACAGAAAUAUUACAAGCCUGGUGAUAUAGAGACGAAAAUGGUCCCCUUUAAGGACACUGGAUAUCCGCCUAUGUCUGUUAUAGUAGAGUGGAAAUACGAGACUAACUUAUUUAAUCCCAUUACAUGGAGGCUACUGAAGUCGCCUAGUAUCUACAUAGAAUACAUAAAAAUAUCAUCUAUUGAGUAUAACACCGACAUCACCGUGUGUCCGAAGUUAAAGAAGCCUGUUGUUGCUAAUUUGCAGACAGUUAUGAAGACCAAAUAUUGUGUUUUUUCG